AUGGCCCCGAAGCUGCUCCUCCUCCUCUGCCUGUUCUCCGGUUUGCACGCGCGGUCCAGGAAGGUGGAAGAGGAUGAAUAUGAAGAUUCAUCAUCAAACCAAAAGUGGGUCUUGGCUCCAAAAUCCCAAGACACUGAUGUGACUCUUAUUCUCAACAAGUUGUUAAGAGAAUAUGAUAAAAAGCUGAGGCCGGAUAUUGGAAUAAAACCAACUGUGAUUGAUGUGGACAUCUAUGUUAACAGUAUUGGUCCUGUGUCAUCAAUAAACAUGGAAUACCAAAUUGAUAUAUUUUUUGCUCAGACCUGGACUGACAGUCGCCUUCGAUUCAACAGUACAAUGAAAAUACUCACUCUGAACAGCAACAUGGUGGGAUUAAUAUGGAUUCCAGAUACAAUCUUCCGCAAUUCUAAAACUGCAGAGGCUCACUGGAUCACCACACCCAAUCAGCUCCUCAGAAUUUGGAAUGAUGGGAAAAUCCUUUAUACUUUAAGGCUUACCAUAAAUGCAGAGUGCCAGCUGCAGCUGCACAAUUUCCCCAUGGAUGAGCAUUCCUGUCCACUGAUUUUCUCCAGCUAUGGCUACCCCAAAGAAGAAAUGAUUUAUAGAUGGAGAAAAAAUUCAGUUGAGGCAGCUGAUCAGAAAUCCUGGCGCCUUUAUCAGUUUGACUUUAUGGGCCUCAGAAACACUUCAGAAAUUGUAACAACAUCUGCAGGUGAUUAUGUUGUCAUGACUAUAUAUUUUGAAUUGAGUAGAAGAAUGGGAUACUUCACUAUUCAAACAUACAUUCCCUGUAUACUGACUGUGGUUUUAUCCUGGGUGUCAUUUUGGAUCAAAAAAGAUGCUACACCAGCAAGAACAGCAUUAGGCAUCACCACAGUGUUGACCAUGACCACACUCAGCACCAUUGCCAGGAAUUCCUUGCCCCGUGUGUCCUAUGUGACAGCCAUGGACCUCUUUGUGACCGUUUGCUUCUUAUUUGUCUUUGCUGCUCUGAUGGAGUACGCCACCCUCAACUAUUAUUCAAGUUGUAGAAAACCAACUACCACUAAGAAGAAAACAUCGUUAUUGAAUCCAGAUUCCUCAAGGUGGAUUCAUGAGCGAAUAAGCCUACAAGCCCCCUCCAACUAUUCUCUCCUUGAUAUGAGGCCACCACCACCUGCAAUGAUCACUUUAAACAAUUCUGUGUACUGGCAGGAAUUUGAAGAUACCUGUGUCUACGAGUGUCUGGAUGGCAAAGACUGUCAGAGCUUCUUCUGCUGCUAUGAAGAAUGCAAAUCUGGAUCUUGGAGAAAGGGACGUAUUCACAUAGACAUCUUGGAGCUGGACUCAUAUUCUAGGGUCUUUUUCCCUACAUCAUUCCUGCUCUUCAACUUGGUCUAUUGGGUUGGAUACCUGUAUCUCUAAAUGUUGCUGUGGUGAUGAGUAAAGGGCACUAGGUUUUACUCUUUACUUUCACCCUCCCUAGACCAGUAAUGACCAUUUGGAGUAGGAAGGAAAAACACUGCUCAGUUUAUCUGAAGUUAUACAUUACCUUUGAGCAGAGCAGGAGUACAUGGCAACCACUUCUAUUAUGUAUUUUACACUCACACACAAGCGCACGCACACAUAUUAAUUGAUUUUUAAAGUGAUAUUCUUGCUAAUCCCUUAUUGAAUUUGUACCUUGGUGAUGUUUAUGAAUGGUCUUUUGAUAUUGGAAACAGUUGCCAACUGUCAUUGCAAGGAAAUCUGUAAAACAUGCAAGCAAAUAUCUGAGAGGCUCUCUUAUGCCAAGACCCCUUCUAUAUCUUUCCUUAGCAACUCUUAGAAGCACCAGUGCCCACAUGUGUGGAGUCACUGCUUGCUGAGACACACUCAUACUGACCUCAGCUGCCCGUGUUCCUGGGCAGUUUGAGUUCAAGUAUGAACUGCAAUGAGUUUUGAUCCAGGUUCCUCUCUCUGUGGCCUCUUUUACUCUGGCACUAUCAUUGUUAGUUAGCAUUUCUUUAUCUAAUAAUCUCAUCCUUGGUUUGGGAAGGGUGUAUAUGCAUCAUCCACAAGUUUCCAGUUGAGAAAAAAAAUAUGAUUUGCAAAAUUCUCAUGUUGCUGAAGUCAAUGAUGUUGAUUAUCUCCGAACAUCAGAAGGUAAUUACUAAUUCCAAACUACUAAAAGUCAGCAGUAUUUUAAAUUUUCAUUCUUGGAUUAGUUCAGUUGGAGUUCAACAUUUUACCUUAAGAGUUGUGUUUUACUCGACCAAAACACAACCCCAGGGUAUAUGUCUUGGGUAGAUUAUGCUAUUACAGGUUCAAUGAUUAUCUUCAUCUUGCAAAGACAAGUCUACAGCAAUCAUAAGCCUUUGUCUUGAAAAUGUUUUCCGAAGUGUGAAAGAAAUAUAGAUGGAAUUUAAAAUUUUCUUAGUGAAUAUUAACUUUCAAGUCAAAUCAACUUUAGAUGCAAAAAAAAAGGCAAUGGCUAUCAUCAAUGAUAUAUUUUGAUGAACAAAAUUAUUUUAUACUUUGAAAUAUGAAUAUGUAGCAAAAUCCCAAAGAAAAAAUCCCCUGAAAUUAUUACUCUUUUGAUAUUUUUAUAACACAAAACUAAUUUGCUUCUCAAUGUUAGUUCUUUGUUAUAACUGGAUGCCAGUAUGUACUUCACAAGACUCUUCAGAAGACUCCCACCAUUGAUAGGAAAAACAGUCCCACCUGUUCAUUAAUAAUGUAUUAUUACUUUUGGUACUAAAAUUUUGGUACCAGUAUCUCUGUACUUCUCAUCUUUCUCACCUAGAAAAUUGAAUUAAUUUUAUUGGAAACCAUAAAGUUUUAUUUUAAUUAUCUAUUGUAAGUACAAUUAUUACUCAGAAAAAAGGUAAAAUAACAUACAGAGAGAAUAUAUAAAAGUGUGUAUUUCACACAAUUUACUGGAAUGACUACCAGACAUAAAGGGAUGGGAGUAGAAGAGGCUAGAAAAGUAAAAUACGAAUCUGUUUAUAUUUAUGAAACAUCAUUCACAUCAAGUGAAUGCAAAUACAUUGGUAUACGAUCACCCAGCUUUCAAGGACUGAAUCUAUAUAGUGUGAGACAUCCAAGUCCAUUGCUUUCCUUCCUGUGGUCUCCCUGCCUUUUGAUUUGCUAGUUGCUAUAUAGGCCACAAGCCAAUUGGGUUCCACUUAGCAAAUUCAUUUUAAAACUUAAAAUAAUGAUAAACAUUUGUGGAGAAACAAGUUGAACCUAUUGGCUUACAUGAAAUUUCUACUUUAUUAGAGAAUUUCACAUACUGGCAUCCUUGUUCUGUCUCUCAUACAUAAAAUACUCCCCCACACUUGGCAGUGGUGUCCUGGAGGCACUACUUACCAUGAAUCUUACCAUAUCCCACCAAAGCACUGAGUACCAAUGGAAGGUGGUCCAAAGUCAGUCUUCUUCAAACAUAAUUUUCAUCUUUGUGAAUUUAUAAUAUCUAACAAAAUGUAGAAUUUCAACCUGUUAUGUCUUAAAAGUAGUUAUGGAGGGAAAUGAAUUUUCUAGUGAAAUUCUUCUUGGAAGUGAAAUAACCUAAGAACACUUUUAUAAGAUAAAUUUAGUCCAAUCUUUCCUUAAAAAUUAUAUUGAUGCCUCUUAUUUCAAAGCUACUCAAUAUUUGAGAGUUGUUGGCAACUCUUAUAAAAUUAUAUGUGUAGGAUAUACAUGCCAAUAACCUGUUUUCUGAAUCCAACCAUUUUCUCUCUGACCUUAGUCAUCCUGCUGAUUUAAACAUUAGUUCAUGGUUCAUUUUCCUAAAAGGAAAAUUUUAUCUCAAGAGAAUCUCAUAAACGUUCACUCACAAAUUGUAAAAUAGACUCCUGUGCAUACAGCAAUCUACCCACUCUGGGUUCUGACUAAAAAGAACUCAAACAGCCCCUCAGAACAUACCAAUGUCAGUUUCUCUGCAGGCUUGUCUGUUCAAGUUCUCCUUAUCAAUUUCAACUCCUGAUAUAAGCCUUCAGUCCACAGUAUAGGAGAUGGCACGUAAGUGCAGAGCUCAGGGGCUUGCUUAUUAAACACGUAAGAGUUUACCUUUUGGAGGAAGAAAGAGGAGAGGCACAGGAAGAAUGUAAGGAAAAUGUAUCUCUCUUAAAUUGAAGGACUCUCCAUCACCAGUAUGCUUGGUUAGUAGUGUAUGUGUGAGGUGCAUGGGUGUAAGGCUGUUCCACCCAGAUCCAGCACCCUUACAGCUCUGCCCAGCUUGCUUUGCAUUUAGACUUGAGAAAUAUUUUUUGUGUUUUUGUGGCAGCUGGUGAGGAAUUUGCAUAAGUGACUGAUAUUCUAAAGGUGCUACUGUAUUCCUCACUUUUGGAAAUAUUGUAAGUUGCAGAGAUGAGAGUUACGUAUUUUGAAAGGAUUUCUAAUUUCUUACCACUGUGGACCAUGCUGACAACUGUGACUGUCUCUCCUUUAAGCUCCAUCCAGGCUGAGAGGGAGACAAAAGAAAAGGCAUUCCACAUUAAUGAAAUUAGAGAAAAAUUCCUCUUCAGAGCCUAGAAAGUUUCAGUUUCUACAAAGUCUCAGCACCAGUGACCAGAGGAGAGAUUCUCAGGUACUGAGCAGAGAAAGAAAAUGUUAGUACAAUUUACUUUUGACCCAGCCAAUACUGCCCCCCCUUUGACCCAACAUAUGCCUUAAAAUAACAGAUUAAGCUUAUAUCAUAGACAUCUUAUAGAUUUUCAGUUUCCUGUGAUCACAUAUAUUCAUGUCAGGUUUUAUUUAUUGUUUAUUGAUGGAUGGAUGGAGACAGGAUUUUCAGUGUGUGUGUGUGUGUGUGUGUGUGUGUGUGUGUGUUCCAAGCACUCUUAUCCUUAACUGUAUAUCAAAUCAGUUAAGAAUACAGUUUUUGUGGAUUCAAUUGAAAAAAAUGUUUGUCCUCUAUGGCAAAGCAUUUUCAGGCUACAUAAGAGAAAUUGGCACCAAUCUAAAAGUCAGUGACAUAGUGCUUCUGAUGGGAUGUGAGUGUACACAAAGAACCUUCACACCAAGUCUUUUUAUCUGGGCAUACCUUCCUACAGUAAAAGUGUCUAGACAUAUUUUUUGCUUCUCUGCAAAAUAUCAUACUCUGCAAACGAAAGUGGGUAUUUCAUAACCCCAUUUUGCAUUAACAUAUACUUGCCACAACUAGGAAGCAAUGGGGCACUCUAUCUAAAGGGCUAGAAAAAGACAAACAAACCUCUUCUUCCUUGAUUGUUUUUUUAAUCUCAGCUGCCAAUAACUGAAAACGUUCUGUGAUUUAUUUUGCAAACUUGAAGAAUUAUAACUUGUUUCCAAGCAUUAUACUUAUCACUAUAUCAGAUCAAUGUUCUCAAGACACAAAGCACUUUGAAUUCUCUUCAUGAUCUUACAAACAGUUGCUUCUUCUGAGAGUUUAUAAACUAUAUUAAUAUGCAGUUUCAGACCCAAUUUCUGUAAGAAAGAAAAGUUAAUGAAUGAUUUGGGGUAAAUGUAAUCAGUUAUAAAUAUACACUGAAAUGCUCAGAACCCUAUUGUUUUUAAAAUAUUUAGGAAAGUGUCUGGAAAUAAGGGGGUAAAAACAGAUUAUAAAUAUACUGUAAAUGUUAAAUUCACAACUUUAUGCUGAGUCCUCUUCAAAUUGCCCAAAAUUAAGGAAGCUUGCAAUCUGUGCCUAUUUCUUUCUCUCAAAUUUGCCUGUAGGAAACAUUCAGGUUCACAAGGUUUAAAAGUACCUCUACAUUGUAAAAUCAUGUCCAAAGAGCCAAAAAUAAAAAUAAAAAUAAAAUAAAAUAAAAUAACAGUUCAGGCUAAAUGACAAAUCCCUUUUUGUAUUCCUUGUUGACUUAACCUUUUACUUUAGAAAUAAAUUUCUAUCAUUAUAGGGAGAAAGCAGAUACCUGUUGAGAUAACAAGAUAAUAUUUCAGUCACUUACAGCUCUGGGAGAAUAAGAACUUGGCUUCGUUCAUGUUUGAUAGUUUUGAAGACUAGAGACUAGACCAUUUCCAUUCCUCCUUUUAACUUUCUUCUGAUUACAAGUCAGCAAUUCUAGGCUAUAACCUGGUCUAGUUCUAUUAAAGAAAGACUAUUCACUAUUAUUUUUCUUCAAAAUAUCUUUUAGUUAAAUGAUGCUUUGCUUUUAAUGUUGUCAAUAAAAUACCUUAAGCCUUUUAUUACUCUGCUCACACACACACACACACACACACAAAUUUAGACUAGUUUAAAUUAGUGCUAAAAAAUUAGUUGAACAGUCACAAGUUUUCAAUGUUUUGAAGCUAACCAAGUAGAUUUUUCAGAUUACAUAACAUAGGAACAUGAACUAGAAAAUUUGGUAGACAAAACACACAAGCAUGCACACACAUACAUACUUGUGUGCACAAAUGCAUAUGCAUGCAUGUACACACACAUACGCAAACACAUGCACACAUACAAAGCAAACACUGUUUGAAUGCAACAUUCAGGUAAUUGAAGGAAAUGUAAAUUGUUCUGCUUGCAUUAUUCAGAUAAUGGCUUACUUCCACCACUUCAUUUUUCAGAUUUGUAACCACAAGACAGUUUUCUCAGCCCAGUGGACUAGCUCCACAAAGUGAGGGUGAUAGUGGUUCCUGCAGGAAAACAAGAUUCUCUAUGUCUGUUGAAUAGCUUAAGCUGAACAGACUGGAAAGAAUAGUGAGGAUUGAAUUCUAAUAAAGAAAUCUCCCAUAUUGAAAAGGUAGCUGCCACAGUUUCUUUUUUCUGGUUAUUUGGCAUUUCUUCUUUGUUUCUCACACGAAUCUUAUUCACAAAAGGAUUAAAGUUCUUAAUUUCAAAAAAAAAAAAAGUAGAAGUCUUAACAGUCAGACUGAUUUUCAGGAACAAAUGAUGAGUGCUUUUAUUUGUUUAGAAUUUAUUGAAAUAGAUUUUUAUUGUGUACUGUUUAUAUUUGUGAGGAGGGAUUUUAUAGGGUCAGUUUUGUCAAUUGAGUGAAGGCCCCCCAAAUACAUAGAAAAAUAAUUUAGUCACUUUGAUGGGGAUACCAGUCUAUCCCAUAUCUAGCCAUGACAGCCCAGCCAACCCAUCUGCCAUUCAGUUAAGCUGCCCCAUUCAUUUAGUCCAUGCACUGGUUACUGCAAGGUAGGCCUAGAAUCUAUAGAAAGAAGAAAAAUAGAAAAGGAAGAAAAAAAACCUGCAUUCUGAAGUGACUUGUAAUGUAAUUACAAGAUAAGUAAUGAUAGAAAAUUCACAUAACUUGAUGACUAAAAUUUCAAAUUGUGAACCACAUAGGAUAAGAUACUAGAAGGUAAACCAUGAUGCAUCAUCAUAACCAUCAUUAUCAUCAUCAUCAUCAUCAUCAUCAUCAUAACCAUUAUCAUCAUCUAUAUCCUUUUUCAUGUUCCAUACUAGUCCUUAGCUAUUGAUCCAAAACGAAGAUUUAAUGUUUUUACCCCAAAUAAUAACAAAGUGAGAACUUAAAUUAAAAAGAAAAUGGAAAAGCUUAAUUUUAGCUUAAAUAUUAGAUAUGCAGAUUAUAGUUUAAAAGGUUGCUUUCCUAAAAUAUUUCUAUAACUUCUCUGUGUCCCUUCAGUCUUAGUCUGCCUACCUUGUUUCAAUCAAACUUGAAAUUAUACCUUUAGAGAACACUCCACCUAUUUUUGUUUAUUGGUUGCUUCUGGGUUUUUGUUUGUUUGCUUGCUUGCUUUGUUUUACCUCACUUGACUUUUUAAUUCUUUUUCAUGAAGAUAACAUCUUUAUGGCUAAGAACUCUUAUCUCUAAAAUGGAUGCAUCUACAGACACCACAGAUUUUCUUAGCCCAAAAGGACAAUCAAUAAGCUUCUUAUUACACAGUUUGGGUCUAGGCUUUAAUCCCCCCUAAUUUAUCUUGAGACUUUUACUUUUAGAUAGAAGUAGACACAGGCAAAAUAUAUUGAUUAUAUUUACAGUGUUUACUAUUAUAUUAUCUGUUUAGAAUAACUGUAUUAAGAUAUUGUAAAAGAUACUUUCAAUCAUUCUUGACCUUCAAAAUGACUAAUUUUGUGCUAGUGAACAAUGUUUACAUGCAUAUAUUUAUAAAACUACAUGAUAUGUUUUUCUUUACAAGCAGCUCCUGGACUGUGUGAAAGGGUCAUUCCUCAUGAGUGCAUUUUCUAUGGAAGAUACUAGAAGAGUAAUAAUUUUCAGGGAUUGGGCCUGGGUUGUCUUAUAAGAAGCAAAGGGCCAUCUUGUGUUUACAUACAGUGAUGUGUGUAUUUGUGUAUGUAUGUACCUUGGUAAAACUGGAACAACUUAUUAACAUGUGUAUUACUCUACCCACCACCCCAAAUGUAGUUGAAACUAGUAGAAAGGAUCAGUUUUCCUAGUGAUAGUGUAUUAGCUAACUAAGCAUUUAGUUAAGGAAUAAGGAGUGAGGGAGGGAGAGAGAGAGGGAGAAAGAGAGAAACUGACAGUCUCUAUAUUUUCUGGAAAUAUGGGACCAUAUUAUUUCUUUAAAAAAAAGUUAAGUUUAAAUACCUGAUUAGAAGUUGGUUCUGAGUUCAAACAGUCCUGCCUCCUAUUGAGAACUCUUGAUCAUAUUUUUACUUGGGUGCACAUCUGAGUGAUUCCAUGAUCUUUUGUGCAUGUGGCCAGUAUUAUCUUAUUAGGUAGAAGUAGUUCUCAAGAUGUAGGUGGCAAAUAACCGUCCUCACACUUGUUGAUGCAGCUUUCAUGUACAACAUGAGAAAGCAUCAAUCAGGUCUAGUGUGAACAAUGCGACUGUCCUCUCUUUUUGAAGCUUGUGUGGAAAGUAAAACUAUCAGGAGCCCUGGGAGAUGCCCCAGGCAGAAAGGGAGGGAGAAAGAACUGGUCUGCUCUCUGCCUAAAUGGAAUCCUUCUUACUUGUGAAGUCAUCUCAUUCAGGUGGGAGGGAGGUAGAGGGAUUCCAGAGCCUGAGAGCAUCUUGGAAUUGGCUGUGAGCACACAGUGUAGCCGAGUUUGGUCCCGAGAAGGGGUCCACCCUGCUCAAGUGUGUGUGCCCACCUCUCUCCAGGAAAGUGGACCAAGGACCAGGCCAGGAUCCCCACCCUCACCAAGUGGCCUCCAACAGUCCCUGCUCCCCUGUCAUCCCACAUGGACCUGGAAGCCCUGACUCCCAGUCUUCGGGCCAUCUCGGACCCUUCCCCACUAUCCCGAGAUGGUUCUGAGGUCUCACUGUCCUCCUCCCCUCUCACAAGGAUGUAACUCCCUGCUAGCCGUGCAGCUCAGCUCGUGGUGUCCUAGUGAAACGAGGGCGCACUUGCGCCCGACGUGCCUUGGCGACACGGGCGGCACCACGCCCCGCUUCGCCCGUCCGGUCCUGCCGCACCCUCUAGGCCGUGCCCUGCCCUGGGCUAGCUGGGCCUGGUGGCUGGGUCGCCCUCUGUAUUUGUAUUUGGAUUCCUACGUUUGUACUUCUAAUACAAAUAAAUGCACAUGUUGU